CCAUGUACUCGUGGGGGCGGGGCUGCCGCGGGAGGAGGAAGAUGGCGGCGGGGGCGAGGUGAGGUGUUGGCAGUGGAGAGGGGUCCGGGCACGGGGGGUGGGGGGACGCGCAGCGAUGGCCCACGCCGGUCGCCGGGACGGAUAAGACGCCGUGGCGCCGCGGGUGCGGGCGGGAGGGAGGGGAAGGGGCCCGAGCGCCGCAGGAGUAUGACGGGGCUGUACGAGCUGGUGUGGCGGGUGCUGCACGCGCUGCUCUGCCUGCACCGCACGCUCGCGUCCUGGCUCCGCGUUCGCUUCGGCACCUGGCACUGGAUCUGGAGGCGCUGCUGCCGCGCCGCCACCGCCGCGGUCCUAGCGCCGCUCGGCUUCACGCUCCGCAAGCCCCCCGCCGGCGGCAGGCAGCGCCGGCACCUGCGGGCCCCGCGCGGGACCCCGCGUCCGGCCGCCGCCCACCCCCGGCUGCGCUGGCGUGCCGACGGCCGGGCCCUGGACAAGCUGCCCGUGCACAUGGGCUUGGUGGUCACCGAGGAGGAACAGGAGCCCAGCUUCACGGACAUCGCGAGCCUCGUGGUGUGGUGCAUGGCCGUGGGCAUCUCCUACAUCAGCGUCUACGACCACCAAGGUAUUUUCAAAAGAAAUAAUUCCAGACUGAUGGAUGAAAUUUUAAAACAACAGCAGGAACUUCUGGGCCUGGAUUGUUCCAAAUACUCACCAGAAUUUGCAAAUAGUAAUGACAAAGAUGAUCAAGUUUUAAAUUGCCAUUCGGCAGUGAAGGUGCUGUCUCCAGAAGAUGGAAAAGCAGAUAUCGUGAGAGCUGCUCAGGACUUUUGCCAGUUAGUAGCCCAGCAGCAAAAGAAAUCCACAGAUUUGGAUGUAGAUAUGUUAGACAGUUUACUUAGUUCAAAUGGUUUCCCUGAUCCUGAUUUAGUAUUGAAGUUUGGUCCUGUGGACAGCACAUUAGGCUUUCUUCCCUGGCACAUCAGAUUGACUGAGAUUAUCUCUUUGCCUUCCCACCUUAACAUCAGUUAUGAGGACUUUUUCUCUGCGCUUCGUCAAUAUGCAGCCUGCGAACAACGUCUGGGGAAGUAGUUGUCCCCGACUGUGUAAUAGGACUUCAGGCCUUCGGAGAAAAGGACCCAAGUGACUCUGAUGUUUACAAAACAUUCAUGAAACCCUAUACGCACCUAGUUCAUACCCUCAUAAUUUAUCAACAAAUACAAAAAGUGUCUUACUUGAGAAUGAGUGAGUGUGCGUGUGUGUGUGCGUGCACAUGUGUAUGUAUGGGAAUAAACUUAUAAAUGGGGGAAGUAUUGGAGAAGGAAAUACACAGACCUGCAGCUUUGAGCAAAUAGCAAAUGUUUUAGGAACUGGAAUUCCAGACCUAAGGACUUCAGCCUCUACUACUCCCCUGUUUUUGUGGGGAACAGUGAGGGUGAUUAGAAGAGUCUUGGUUGUUGAGAAAAGUGUCAUUUUUGCUCAAUAUUUCCUAGUGACCAAACUUUUUAAUUUUAAUACUGAUAUGUUGAUUUUAUGAAGUAGAAGUGUUCUAAAUUUGAGAGUACUUCAGAGGAACAGAGUCCUCUGUUGCUGACGUAAUAAGACCUUUCUCACCUUGAAGGCGGAGGGAAUACCUACCUUCAUAUAUCCGUCCAUUUUCAUUUCUUUCUUCAUUAUCUUCAGACGGCGCGACCUAGGAGUGUCCUGUGGCGUCUGUUAUCUGAUGUCUGAGUUGUGAAGAUCAUUUGAAAAAGAACUCCACAUAUAUACUGAUAAAUACAAAACGUUAGGCCUUUAAAUAUUUAGGCGAUCAAAAAAGGUGAAUAAGUUGUAAUAUUACAGUGAAGAUAGAAAAUUUUCUUAAAAAUGAAAGCAAUUUUGAUUUCCUUUUUUUUUGUUGACAGUUAGCAUUUGAAAUAGCACCCCAGAGCUAGUUUUAAAAGUGUUUCCAUUAGCUUUUUUAUUUAAAAUAAGCAUUUGAGGAAAGUUAUGAAUCAGAUCUGUUCCUCAAAAGUGACCUAUUUCUCUGUGGAAUAACACUCAGAAUUUUAUUCAGUAAAUCCCAAUGGUGACUUUGCAUAAAAGACCUUUAAAUAGUAUUGAGACCUACAUGGGGAAGAAAAUAUUACCAACGUCUGCAAAAAUAGCUUACUGCUGUACAUUGUCUUAAAAUAGAGAACAGCACUGGUUCUGUUGUUUCUGAAAUGAAUAAAUGAUUUCUUGAUCGGUGUUUAAUAUUUCUCCCUCACUGCUGAUCCCCAGUGAGAAAUCACUAUUUACAUUUGGUUUACUCUUCAGAAAACUCUCUUGUCAGCACAUGUGCAACUGAUUUUCCAAAAUUGUACAUUUUGAAUGCCGUAGUAUAAAUGCAAGGUCUCUGGAAUCUAAAAAGGUAGCAAAGAAGACUGGAAUUUGGAAGCAUGGUCUGGAUUUGCUUGAAUUCUAAAACUAUGAAGAAUACGUAUUUCAAGUUUAUAUUUCAGAACCCCAUUUAUGAUUUUAAGAAUACACUUGAAAUAAAAGUGAUUAAACUGAA